UCCUUUCUGUUAGCGAGAAAAGUAAACUGACUAAACUGACUAAAUUGACAACUUUCUAGGUUAAUAAGGAGUAUCAUUUAGUCGAAAUGUCUGCUGGUGCAGAGUCUACAAACGUUUCAUCGCUUGGGAAGGGAGACAGUUUGCAUCAACAGGUUCUGGCCUCAUUCCCAUUGUGUGACAUGACAGAGGAGGACCUGACACAGAACCCUCAGUUGUGUAAACUCCUGGCCACCCUGGCGCAACAUGUGGACCAAACUGGACUCACUGUCUCAUUGAAAACAGAGCUGGAAAAGGCUGAGCAGAGACUGCAGAGCCAGAGGCGUCUCUGGCUGCGAUCUGAGAGCCUCCACAAAGGCCUGCAGGAAAUGAUCCAGGACCACUGUGUCAGGAAACAACAUGCCACUGUACCGCCUGACCAGAACAUGUUUUACGCGACGAUGGAGAAGUGUCUCCUGGUGGCUCAGUGUGUCAAACAGCUGGAUCCAAGUAGCACCACCGACCAGGACCAGCCCUCUAUCCUGGGCCUGAACCCCCAUCAGGUGAUGGAGCUCAUGCCAUUGGAGAAGAAUGUGAAAAGAAUGAAACAGAGUCUACCCAGAGAGCUGGAGAAACAUCUCAAGAAAAAGUGUCUGAGCCUCCUCUCCUACUACCAACCUGAAUGUGAGAAUGAAAGUGAGGGUCUGAAGAACAGCAAGUUGUCUCAUCUGUCUUCCCUACUGGACAAAGAGAAGAAAAGAGCGGAGAGUUUAAAAGAGACCUGUCGGGAAAACACAGUUCUCCUGCAAAGACAGGCGCAGCUCUACCUCUCUGAGCUGCUUAAAUGCAUUCAGCUUCUGCAGUCUCUCAUCCUGGACCACAGGCUGAGGAUCCAGUCAGACUUGGACAGGAAGAAGUUGGAUUACUCUGAAAGCAAAUGUGAAUUAGUCAUACAGAAGAUCAAGACUGAGAUGGUGGAAAUCCAGCUGGACACAUACACAGCCGACGCAAUACCUGCUCAUAAAAAAAUAAGGGGGAUACUGGAGUCUGAGCUAAAAGCCUGCCAGGUGGAGAAGCAGUCUACAGAGUUAAAACUAGCCUCCUUUGAGAUUUUGGGAAAGGAGUUUGAGGCCCUCGCUGAGGAGUACAGCAAAUUAAGGCAGGAGAUCGAAGUGAAAAACUGGGCUAUGAAGGAACUCACCAUGUACAAUAACAAAUGAAGAUCAUAUCUGAUGUAGAAGCCAGCCGGUCCCUUUUCUCAGUGUGUGAUGGCUCACAGUGAUAUGCUGGCAUUUGGAUAGUAACUAUGUAGCACAUUCAGCAGAGAGAGAGGGCUAACUGAACGCUCCUCUUAAGAGUUCAUAACUUUAACAUGCUUAAAUCACUUCAAUAUCAUCGCCAUGGUAAUCAGCAUUUCUGCUCUCCUCGUUUUGUUUAAACAAGAACCUGUUUAGGAUCAAGGUUCUUUUGUAGUAUUUACAGUACAUUUGCAUCUUAAGAUGAGGAGUGGCGGUCAACUUUAGCUAUCUUGCGUGUGGCUACAUGCUCAAUUUGAAUUUCUUUCUAGGUAAGAUUAAAGAGGUGAGGAUCAUUUUAU